AUGGACGAAAUGUGGGCGGUGCCAGUCGAGGCGCCGGCGCUUCUUCGAGUGGACCCCAUCGGUCCUAUGGCCCUCAUUUCCUACCUUCUUCUUCAUUGGAGAGAGGUCGUCGGCCCAAGUAAAAGUCACUGGUGCGGUUGUUCCGGAUUCAAGAAGAUAAAGCAACAAGAGAUCACCGUUUCUUGGGCCUCGGCUAGGGUACGUCAACCAGACAACUACAAGAUGAAGAGAGAGGGGAGGCAACAUGGCAUUGUGAGAAGCUCAACUAUCCUACCAGAAGAGUUCAAUCCAAGACGCAAGUCCAAAAUAGUCAAUUGUGUUGGUGCUUCUCCGACCACCAGAUUCUUCACCAAGGCACCAUCUAAGCCCCACAACCACUCCAAGUGCACGAGCAAGUGUCGCACUGCAAGGUGUAAGGGCUGCCAUUCCAAUCCAAUGUCCAAGUCCAGGGACAAGGCCAAAGGUGCAUAUAAGCUAAAAUCUUGUGAUGUGGUGCUCAAUCACCAACUGGUGGCAUGGCGGGUGGUCAACGACAGCACAAGUUUGCCGAAUUAUAAAGUUGCUUCGGCAAGUGAGACCCUCAAUCAUUUAUAUGCCGAUAGUUUGUGUGAAGGAGAAGAUUAUGACGAUCAUAACAUGGAGGAAAAUCUAGAUUACGGCUAUGGAGAAGUUUCUCCCGAGACUGUUGACUUGGAGGUGGGAUGUAAGGGUGCCAAAGUUGAAAAGGUAGAGCCAUUUAGCCCUGACAGUGAUGAGGCUGGUGAUAUGAACUUUUAUGUGGUUGGGAUGUCCUGGGAUUAUUCAGAUGGAGAAUGGCUGGUGGUAGGGGAGAUAUGA